UUCUUUUGUUUUUGAUCAAUCCCAAAUUUGUUCAGAGGUUCUUCUUAAUUACUUCUCUAAACUUCUUAGUAACGAUGAAUAUGAGAACUAACACAGCUCAAAAUCGAUAUGAUCAUUCCACCUCUGACCAAAUAAAUUGGCCAACGGUGGGGCAAGUGCAACCUCAGCUGCCUCCACCACUGAUAACUUCUUUCCAACCGUCGUGGUUUCCUCCUCCACAGUAUUCUUUCAUGUCUGUUGUUGAUUUAUCGGAUAUUCCGAAUCUGAGGAGGUUGGCAUUAAGGUCUGAUUUAUCGUCAAGAAUUGUCAGCCAGAUUGAAUAUUAUUUCAGCGAUGAAAAUCUGGUGAGAGAUGACUACUUGAAAUCUCUCAUGGACAAUCAAGGAUGGGUUGAUGUUUUCUUCAUUGCAGAGUUUAGACGAAUCAGAGGCAUGACCGAUGAUAUCGACUUGAUAUUGCGUUCAAUGGGAUCAUCAACAACCGUCGAAGUCCAGGUUUUCAGACUAAGGAAACGUCAUGGAUGGGAACGGUGGAUACUUUGAGGAGACUCGAGAUACCAUUAGCGAUGAUGGAAAACGGAUUAAAGAUUAACAAAAGUAUUUUAGUUUUUUACAGCGCCGAUGUAAUCUCCAUAUACUAAAGCACAAGUCACCUAAUGAAUCAAAAUAUGACAUGUGGCAUUGAUUUAAAAUUUAAAGAAAAAAAUAAA